AUGUCCACAAUUGCCUCUGAAUACAGUGCAGAGAAGGUUUCUGUACCUAUUGAGCAUAGAUUUAACCCAUACUCCGAUAAUGGAGGAACUGUCCUAGGGAUUGCUGGCGAGGAUUUUGCGGUAUUGGCUGGAGACACUCGUAUCGUCUCUGGCUACUCUAUUGAUUCUCGUUAUGAACCAAAAAUUUUUGACGUGGGCGAUGAUAUUGUCAUGACAGCCAAUGGUUUUGCUGCUGACGGUUCCGCCUUGAUUGACAGGUUCAAGACUCAGUACAAGUGGUACAAGUUCGACAACAACAACAAGAAAUUGACAAUUAAAUCAGCCGCAAGAUUCAUUCAGCAUCUAUUAUACGGAAAGAGAUUCUUUCCAUACUACGUGAGUACUCUUAUUGCUGGAUUGGAUGAGGAAGGCAAAGGUGCCGUGUACUCAUAUGAUCCAGUCGGUUCCUAUGAAAGAGAGCAGUGCAGAGCUGGUGGCGCCGCUGCAUCCUUGAUAAUGCCUUUUCUCGAUAAUCAGGUCAAUUUCAAGAACCAGUAUGUCCCUGGAACUGAUGGCAAAGAGAAGAAGCCUUUGAGGUAUUUGAGUUUAGAGGAGGUCUUAAAGUUGGUGAAGGAUGCCUUCACUUCGGCAACUGAGAGACAUAUUUACGUUGGUGAUGGCUUGGAAAUUUUUAUUGUGACAAAAGAGGGCGUCAGGAAAGAGUACUUCCCAUUGAAGCGUGACUGA